AUGGAAAGGGCAAGGAAAGAAAAGGAAGGGAUAAAAAGAUAAAAAGAAACCCAACCCCAAAAAACCCAGAGCCACAGCAAAAUGAUUUAAGUUUAUUGUCAAAACACAAAAGUUUGCUUACAUACAGAUUUAGCCAAGAACCUGAUAAAGAACAGGGGUGUUUUGUUUUGGUUUUAAUUUUUGUUUUAAUAACCUGGGACAAAGUUCUGGAGGGACAUUAUUUAAGAACAUAGGAAGAAGCCCAGAAUAAAAUUUAAGAUAUUAACUGAUGCAAAGGAAAGAGGUGGAUUUGCCCUGCCAGACUUUAAACUUUAUUAUGAAUCAGCAGCUUUUUGCUGGUUGAAAGAAUGGCUACGUCUUGAAAAUACAGACAUUUUGGAUUUAGAAGGUUUUAACAACGUAUUUGGAUGGCAUGCAUAUUUAUGGUAUGAUAAGGUCAAAGCACAUAAAGCAUUUAAAAAUCAUAUUGUCAGGAAAGCAGUGUUUAAUAUUUGGAUAAGAUACAAGGAUUUAUUGGAAAAUAAAAUCCCAAGGUGGUUGUCACCGAUGGAAGCAAAAGCUCUGAAAAGGCUCAAUAUGGAGGCCAAAUGGCCGAAAUAUUGGGAAAUUUUGGAACAAGAAGGAGACAAAUUGAAAUUGCAGAGUUUCAAGAAACUAAAAAACAAAGUGAGAGAUUGGCUUCAUUAUUAUCAGAUAAUGGAGGCAUAUAAUUUGGAUAAGAAAAUUGGCUUCCAGGUGGAAAAAUCAGAAUUAGAAACAGAACGGUUAGAACCCAAAACUAAGAAUUUAUCAAGAAUGUAUAACUUGCUGUUGAAAUGGAAUACUCAGGAUGAAACGGUGAAAUCUGCUAUGAUUAAAUGGGCACAAGAUGUUGGACAUAAUAUUAUGUUUGCUGACUGGGAACAGUUAUGGACCACAGGUAUGAAGUUUACGGCAUGUAAUGCCCUAAGAGAGAAUAUUAUGAAAAUGAUAUACAGGUGGUACAUGACCCCAGUCAAGCUUGCAAAAAUCUAUCAUUUGCCCGAUAAUAAAUGCUGGAAAUGUAAAGAAACUGAAGGUACAUUCUUUCACCUUUGGUGGACGUGCCCAAGGAUUAAGGCUUUCUGGGAAAUGAUAUAUAAUGAACUGAAAAAGGUAUUUAAAUAUACCUUCUUGAAGAAACCAGAGGCCUUUCUUCUGGGCAUUGUCGGCCAAUUGGUGCCAAAGAAGGACAGAACUUUUUUUAUGUAUGCUACAACAGCAGCAAGAAUACUCAUUGCAAAGUAUUGGAAGACACAAGAUCUACCCACUUUGGAAGAAUGGCGGAUGAAGGUGAUGGACUAUAUGGAAUUAGCAGAAAUGACUGGCAGAAUCCGAGACCAGGGAGAAGAGUCGGUGGAAGAAGAUUGGAAGAAAUUUAAAGACUAUUUAUAGAAAUAUUGUAAAAUUAAUGAAUGAUAGAAUGAUGUUGGAUAGUAAUUAAGCAGUUUCUAGCUGUAAUGCUUUAAGAGAAUAUGAAAAAAGGGUUAUAAAUGGGUUAAAAUCUAAUGGUAAGGAUUUGCUGAACCAAUAAAUUGAAGUGGAAUACAAAAAAGGGAGGUACGAGGAGGUCCGGGAAACAAGCUAAAGGAAAAUAAGUAACUGAAAAUAUGUGUGUUUUUAUUUUGUAUUUUUCUUUUUUCUUUUUCAUUUUUACUGUAAUAUUUAAAAAAACCUUAAUAAAUAUCUUAUUUUAAAAAAAAUAGAAAACACACAAAAAAAAGAGGAACAUAGGAAGCUGCCUUAUAUUGAGUCAGUCCCUUGGUCCAUGUUGCUUAAUAGUGUCUACACUGACUGGCAGUGGCGCUCGAGGAUUUCAGACAAGGAUCUCUCCCAGCCCUACCUGGAGAUGAAGUGGAGACCUUCUGCUUUCAAAGCAGAUGCUCUACCAGUGAGCUGCAGAGAUUUCCCCAAAUUUGAUUCAGGUAAACUGAUAAACAAGAUGAAGCUUUUGACAAAAUAUUCAGCAUCAAGUACAGUGGUACCUCGGGAUGCAAACGGGAUCCGUUCCGGAGCCCCAUUCGCAUCCAGAAGCAAGCAUAACUAGCGACGGCAUGUCUGCGCACGCACAUGUCACUUUUUGCUGCUUCUGCGCAUGCGCAUGCCAUCAUUUUGAGUGCGCAUGCGCAAGUGGUGAAACCCGGAAGUAACGCAUUCCGUUACUUCUGGGUUGCCGCAGAGUGCAACUCGAACGCGCUCAACAUGAAGCAUAUUCACCCCGAGGUAUGACUACUGUACAAGUCACUCGAAAGUCGCGUACAUUUAACUUGUGAGCAUUUGAUAGUCCAUAGGGUCACGAAGAGUUGGACACCACUAAACAACAAGAAGUGUGCCUCUGGCCAAUCAAUUGUUUCUGAUGAACUGCUGGCAAAUCAAAAGAGGUGCUACUGGACAAUUAUACACACACACACACACACACACACACACACACACAUAUUUCAAAGUGCCGCUAAAAUGGAUUAAAACUCUACAGACAAGGUGGGUUUUUUCCUUAGACUAGGAAUAUCUCUGCAGUAUUCAGGUUAUAAAAUAAAUUGGUGGUGGUAGGUUGUGGGGUUUUUUAAUGAAGUUUGAGAACUUUAGUCCAGAUCACAAAGUUCAUACCAGGCUCUUUCCAUGGUUAACUUGUGUUUAAUUUAUAAUCUUAAUACUAAUGGGAGAAUUAGCCUGGUUAUAGUUCCCAUAUAGAUAAAUCCUUAAGCUAUAAAGGUCACAAAAUACCACUUCCUUAUACUUUCUACAGUUUUAAUUCUUAAGUGGUCACUCCUUAAUUGGUACAGAUAGCUUCAGCAGUCUGUUGAAUUCAACAACCACCCCAUCCAUCAUUACAUAAAGAAUCUCUGCAGCUAGCCUUUUAUGCUUUAUUGGUUAGUUAUACCCAAUACCGCUUGUUAUCAGAGUGACAUUCAAAUGCAGAAUAAAACACAAUAUACCUCGGGUAUAUUGAAAUAUUAAAACACAAUAUACCUCGGGUUGAAAUAGCUUCGGGUUCAGCAUUUUCGGGUUGUGCUCCGCAGCGACCCGGAAGUAACGGAACAUGUUACUUCCGGGUUUUGCAGCUUGCGCAUGCACAGACGCUCAAAAUGACACGCGCAGAAGCGGGUUGCGUUUGCUUCAGGAUGCGAACAGGGCUCUGGAACAGAUCCCGUUCGCAUCCAGAGGUACCACUGUAAAUAAUUUUAAAACAACCAGUAGCUAUUCAGAAACUUGAUUUAUACUAUAAAAACCAAGUAACAAAAUUAGAGGCCAAUAUUAAAGGGCUGUUGGUAAAAACUGCAAUUGUCAUGGUCUAGCUGGAUGCACUAUUGAGAGCCAAUGUAGUGUAGUGGUUAGAGGAUUGGACUAGUACCAUGAGAGGUCCGGAGGGUGACAACACGAGAACGGGCCUUUUCUGUGAUGGCUCCCUUUUUGUGAGAUGCUCUCCCCAGGGAGGUCUGGCAGGUGCCUCCAUUAUACACCUUUAGGCGCCAGGUGAAAAUAAUUCCUCUUCAACUAAGCCUUUGGCUGAUUGACAUCUGAUGCCCUUUUCAAUGUGUCAUUAGAUGGGGGAGAUUAUUGGUUUGUUAUUGUUGUUCUUAUUUUUACCAUGUAUUUUGUGGGUUUUAUGUUGUCAUUUUAUGUUGUGAACCACCUUGGGAUCUGCAGAUGAAGGCUGGUAUACAAAUUUAAUGAAUAAUAAUAGUAGUAGUAGUAGUAGUAAUACCUAGGAUAAAGGUAAAGGUAAAGGGACCCCUGACCAUUAGGUCCAGUCAUGGCCGACUCUGGGGUUGCGGCGCUCAUCUCGCUUUAUCGGCCAAGGGAGCCGGCGUACAGCUUCCGGGUCAUGUGGCCAGCAUGAUUAAGCCGCUUCUGGCGAACCAGAGCAGCACACGCAAACGCCGUUUACCUUCCUGCCGGAGCGGUACCUAUUUAUCUGCUUGCACUUUGACGUGCUUUCAAACUGCUGGGUUGGCAGGAGCAGGGACGGAGCAACGGGAGCUCACCCCGUCGCGGGGAUUUGAACCACCGGCCUUCUGAUCGGCAAGUCCUAGGCUCUGUGGUUUAACCCACAGCGCCACCUGCGUCCCCAAGUGCCUAGGAUAGAUAAAGGUAAAGGGACCCCUGACCAUUAGGUCCAGUUGUGACCAACUCUGGGGUUGCGGCGCUCAUCUCGCUUUAUUGGCCGAGGGAGCAGGCAUACAGCUUCCGGGUCAUGUGGCCAGCAUGACUAAGCCGCUUCUGGCGAACCAGAGCAGCGCACGGAAACGCUGUUUACCUUCCUGCUGGAGCGGUACCUAUUUAUCUACUUGCAAUUUGACGUGCUUUCAAACUGCUAGGUUGGCAGGAGCAGGGACCAAGCAACGGGAGCUCACCCCGUCGCAGGGAUUCAAACCGUCGACCUUCUAAUCGGCAAGUCCUAGGCUCUGUGGUUUAACCCACAGCACCACCCGCGUCCCCUAGUACCUAGGAUACUAGGCUUCAAAUCCCUACUCAGCCAUUAAGCCUCACAGAGUGAUCUUGAGCCAGCCACUGCCUCUCUGCCUAACCUACCUCGUAGGGUUGUUGUUGAGGACAACCACGUACGCCACCUUGCACUCUUUGGAGAAACGCAAUCAAUCCAUUUAUCCUACUGCUGGGUCUGGCAGUGAUGCUUCUGAAUAUCAGUUGCUGGAAACUGCAGCUCAGGUUUCCCACAGGCACCCAAUAGACUAGAUGGGCCCCUGGCCUCAUCCAGCAGGCUCUGUUUAUGUUGUUAUAUUAAUCUAGUUAUUUGCAUGCUUCCUGGUGUACAAAAUAAUUCUUGGAUCAAGUGAUGAUUGGAGAUGAAACUUCUAAACAGAUAUGCUCAUUAAGCUUGCCCCUCUUCACACUCUUCCACAUGCAAACAAUCUAACAGCAAACUUCGAAGCAAAUUAUUUUUCACUCCUAGACUAAAACAGCUGUCUGAGGUUUGAGGUUGAAAGCUUGCUAAAAGAUACAGGAACAGAAGUAUUAACAAUAACACACGUAGGUUAACAGGGGAAGUUUGGAAUAAGUUGUAAAAGUAUGUUUAAUUACUGUUGAAAAUGAUAUGUUAAAAAAAACUAAUAAAAAAAUCAUAUUUAAAAAGGGGGGGGGAGUUUUUCACAUCACUUCCUCUCCACGCCAGGAAAAGCUUCCCUUGCUAAACUUUUGCAUGCAGCAGGGAAGAGUUAGCAAAAAGAAAAAUGGCAACCUCACUCCGGUUACUACUUCUUCACUACCAUAUUUGCGUCACAGAGAGUAAAGCGAUCUCUCUUGAUAAGCAAGGCCUACAACGAAAUGUUGCAGUUCUGGAGGGUUCUCGUUCAGGCUUCCAAGCACCUAGCCAGGCCCUUUUUCAGGAGACUUCAUCCCACUCCUUGGAAUAGCUCAUUCGGUAGAGCAUAAAACUCUUAUUCUGAGGCUUAUGGGUUCUAGCCCGCAUUUGUGUGAAGAUUUCUGCAUUGCAGCGGGUUGGACUAGAUGACCCUUGGGGUCAUUCCAACUCUACAAUUCCAUGAUACUCCUCCUUUGUUUUCGGUUUCUCCCCACAUCCAAACAGUAUUGCGUGGCCUCUGAGCAUCCUCAGUCCUAGAUGGGCUGCUUUGGAGUCUCCUCAUAAAAACACCAGGAUUCUCCAGAACUGCUGGUUGCAUGAAAAUGACGGAUAACUCAGAAGGAGGACACCAGAGUCUACAAUAAGAGGACCCAGGAGCGAUAUAAUGCAAGCACCAGCUCUCCGCUGAAGAAACGCCCGAAGCCUGAGAGUUACCGGACCAGCGCUGGGCAACAGAAUGGGGGGUUUGAAUAGGACACAAAAGAAAACCCCACGCUGAAAAGAGGCGGCCUAGCCUGCUACAAGCAAGCCAACUGCCAAACUGUCAUUUUGCCAUGCGGCUGAACAGAAGGGCCCAUGUAAUGACAACCACCAAACUCAUUUAAACUCUGAAAAGGUGACUAAUGAGCUCAUUCAUGCUGCCUAUAAAUUAUUCACCACAACACUGACCCCACUCCAGACAAACAGCAAAGUAAACUUUAAACACAGAAAUCUAGCGCUCUCCCGAUGAGCCAGAGUUAACGCCUGCAAAGAGUCUUACAAUAACAACAGAUAGCCCGGCUCGCUCCUGCUCUUUUGUCCGGAGUCAUUCUUAUGUUUACACUUAAAAAAAAAAAACUUUAAUCAAGUUAAGGCAGACACAGCUGUUGCACAUUUAUUUCUCGGCUGCAGAAAGCAGGCCUUUCUCACACACGCACCCUGCUCGUCCCCCUUCUCCCUAUUAGUUAUUACAGGCAAUCGCAAAGCACUAUAAAUAGCUUUAAAUUAUAUUCUCCAGAAAUUGAAGGCUGACCUUAAAACGAAACCCAGCUCUACGGAUGCAAGAAGACCGAUACACACGUGAUGAAUGAGAAGCACUGCGACCAAAAGGAAUAGACUUACAGCGACAGUCACUUUCAAUUAUUUCAGCUCUUGAUUACUCUUUUUUUACAUUUGCUUCUGCUCUGAGGAAACAGAGUUAUACUAAAAUGCCACCCAGGCUGGCACGGUUUGCGUGAUAACUUGCACAAUCCAGGGCAUAGCAAUAAAAAAUUAAAUCAUAUUUUAAUUUAUUUUGAAAAACAAAAUUCUUCCCCCCCCCCCCGGCCCAGAUAAUAAAUGUAGCAACAGCCUUUCCUGUCCCUUCCCCCUCCGAGGCCUUUACAUUAAUAAGAGCAAAUUUUCAUCCACUUGUUUAACUCAAAGGCAGUGUUUGUGCAGUUAGCAUCCUGAAACGUAGUAGUCGAUGUUAGAGUACUUGCUGUAGACGUAAGCCAUUUGCUUAAAUGGGACUUUGCCCAACUUCGCACGUUGGUUUCCAAGCCCCUUUUGCUAGUUCAGGCAAGCUGCUCACGCAGCUUUAGAAACUGCAGUUAAACCUUGGGCGAGUCAGCCUUGGACGAAGUGUGCAAAAGUUAAAAAUGAAACUAACUGAAGGCCAAAUUCCACCCUCCAAUAAGUCAGCGCCUCUCCCCUCUGUGAAGCCAAUGGGACUUGCAUACAGACUGAAUGUCAGAUGAUACUCGGAGAAUAAGAAAUAACUAGGCAAAAGCACAAGAGGCAGUCUCUGGAGCAAGUUUUAGAAGUAUUGCAGGAAUAUCCAGCUUGCAAGAGGUUUUACGCAACACACAUAAACUAACGUGUAAGCAUGCAAAGGGAAGCAGAGAAGUUUAACAUUUGCACUUCGUAAAGGUCCACACACACAACUAACACUCUGAUUCAGCCAGUAUUGGGGGGGGGGGGGGGGAAAUAGUUGCACUGCUUGUUCCUCUUAGGCACAUUGCUGCAUUAUUCUUUAAAUUUUAAAAGGCACAAUCACCUACCAGGAACUGCCACACUGAGCUUGUAAUAUGGCUCUUUCCAUCCACUUCUUGGACUGGAGCAUAAAAUAACACUUCGGAAUUCCCAUUGUCCCCAUUUGCAGAAAGGGAGAAAAGCAGCUGAGUUUGAAAGAGUGUGAAUGAGAGAGAAUCAAGACAACAGUAACAAAGUAUUUUGCAAUCUUUGUGUACCAGCACAAGUCUUAACUCCUCUGAAGCCCUAUGCCUGACAAGAUUCUUGUAUCUCCCAUCGAGCUGAAGGGUGUUGGCAAAAUCCUGCUUUGAAACUGUGUCACAUGCACUCAUUCAACAACCUGUCUGACCAGCAGAGUUCAGCUCCUAGUUCAUUUGGUGGCAAAUGGAGAAGCUUUAAGUUCUAAGUCUUUCCACAGCAGCCGUGUGAUUUAAAAACAAGCGCAUGCGCACACACACGCACACACACAAAGCCAAGACAACAGAGUUUUAAAAAGCAACCUCUGUGGAACUUGAGUUGUGAAAGGAAAUACGCUUCAUAAAGAGCAGAAAGGCUGAUAAAAUUGUGAUAUACAAUAGGGUCCUAACGGCUAUAAAAACGAAAGAACAAAUUCAAGUUAAAUAGACGCCGCAAUCCUGUAUAUGCCCAUUUGGAAAUAAGUGCCAUUUUACAAAGUGGAAAUUGCUUCUCAUAGUCAGUAGGCAUAUCUAGGGUUGCACUGCAUACCUUAAAAAAAGAUCAUUCACUACAGAAAAACACUACUUUUCCAGUCUCUCCUUCUGAUGAUCGGGCUGUCAACUUUUAAUUGCUCUUGCUCCUGUGCCUUCAACACUAUUGAAUUAAAGGCAAAUAUUUUCCCAUUACUUUGGUUGGAAAGAGGUGUUUCUGUCCCGCUUUUACCAAGUUGAAGGUGGUUUGAUCACUCUUUGGGAUGCAUAAAUUCUUCCCACUUCUGGUAUGCAGGCUUUGAAUGACUUCAAAAACCCACAGAACCUGUUUGACCAAAGCCGACAGUGGGAGAAAAGAAAUGUAUCCCCACAAAGGACCUCUGAAUUGACUUUCAGCUCUCUUAAACAUCACCGCCUGCCUCCAGACUUCAGUUCUACUCCGGGGAAAGUUUCAGCUUCUUAAUUUCUGCAUGUCAGGCUACUAAAUCUCAAAUGUUCCUGCAAAUAUUUAUACUAAGGCAUAAACCUCAACUUUUCAAGAUAGCAACAUUAAUUAUCUCAGUGUCAAGUCUCUGGAAUUGCCAUCCACAAAACAUUUUGCAUUGCCACAAGUUGAAUCUGGGAAGGGUGCCAUUCGUCAAACCAAUCUCCAUCACAACAACACAGCAGGAAUCCAAAACUGACGUUUAAUAUGUUCCCUAGCUAGGGUUGCCAGCCUUUUUGUCUGGCGCGAUUCCUGCAAGAGCCCUACUGAACCAGACUAAAGGCCUGUUACCUCUAGCAUCCUCUUCUCACAGUGGCAUCGUACUUUAAAGACAUGCUUAACAGCUCCAAAUUACGUAGAUGAGCAUGUAGUUUUGGGGGAAGUGUCUCUGGCCAAGCUUUUGCUUGCUGUGGGGUUAUUAAAGGUGCAAGGGUUAUACCACAAAAGCAGCUGGGAACCCGGUUCAGGACAGAAAUGCAGUACCAAGUAGAUAACCCAGGUUAAAUGUAAAUGUAUAAUAUCAGCACUUACUACCCUGCUACAAGCAGGCUAAUCCAUAUACAGUGGUACCUCAGGUUAAGUACUUGAUUCGUUCCGGAGGUCCGUUCUUAACCUGAAACUGUUCUUAACCUGAAAUACCACUUUCGCUAAUGGGGCCUCCUGCUGCUGCUGUGCUGCCGGAGCCCGAUUUCUGUUCUUAUCCUGAAGCAAAGUUCUUAACCUGAAGCACUAUUUCUGGAUUAGCGGAGUGUGUAACCUGAAGCGUAUGUAACCUGAAGCGAAUGUAACCCGAGGUACCACUGUACCUUGUGGGUCUGAUUAAAGAUGUAGGGCCCAGACCCAGCAUUCAACUUUACAAGUGAUAUUUUAUAUGCAUAAGUGGACAUUUAGUUCAGAAGGAAUGCUUCCCUGUAAAGGUAAACGUAAAUAAAGUUUCCAAGGGGAGGGGCAGAGGUAGGAGAUCUGGGGCCCAGUCCCAAAUAGCCAGGGCUUAGGCCUCUCAAACUGUUAAGGACUCAACUGACCCAAUUCCAUUAGUUACCCAUCAGUUUCCAGGCACAUGUAACCACCACAUGUCCACAAGCUAUUACAGUAGCACCUCAGCUUACGUUACCCUCGGGUAAAGUAAACUUCAGGUUGCAAAAGCGGCAACCCCAGAAGUGUUUCACUGCACGCGCAUGCGCAGAAGCGUUCUACCGUGCCGCAUGCAUGCGCAGAAGCGGUCCCUCCAGUUGCGGAAACCUCAGGAUCCGACUGGAGCUCUACUGGUUGAGAGCAAUGAUAGACAGGCAGCAGUCUUCCUCAGCCUGGUGCCCUCCAUUUAUUGUUGGACUACAGUUCCCACCUGCCCAGCCAGCAUCAUGAAAAGGAAAGCUGAUGAGUAAUUAAAUGUGCAUUUGUGUGGCUUCUGGUGGUUCUCUGAUGGUUCUUUCUCGACAUACCACAGUUACACUUUUGGUUUCUCUCUUUGCAGAUAUGAAGGCACGCAGAGCAACUGUUUUUAAAUAAUGACCUGACUAUGGAACAAUUUGCAUAUCAGAAGAGAUGACAAACAUUGUAUUCUUUAGUAUGGGCAUGAAAGCACAAAAGGCAAUAAAACAGAUGUAUAAAAUCAUGAUUACUCUAGGGAAAAUCAAUAGGGAUCUUGAUUAUGCCUUUUGUCGUUAAUCAUUAAUGGCGGUCCUUUGAUGCAAUUGAGAGACAACAAGUUUAAAGCAAACAGAAGGAUUUUAGUUUAUUAAGGAUAUAUUUCUUCCGCAAAAGGAUAAACAUCCAGUGAACAGUUGAAGCAUGAAAGGAUCAGGGGAAUUUCAAUAUUUUGCAGUGGAAACAAGAAAUGACCACCCCCAAUUUGCUUAUAUCAAUCCAUUUAAUUGUAUGCACCCUAAAAGUAGCUUCUUGCCUUGCACUGAGGACAAAUUGAGAAAUCAUAGAAGCAAACAAACAGCCAACCAGGGGGCAACACCAUUGCUCUAGGGUGCCAUGGAGACUAAUUGCGCAAGUAGAUUGCAAGGGAAGACUCCAACAAAUCUGAAUAACUCAUUCAUGAAACUGACUAGCCUGUUCAGUUGCUAUUCACUGUUCUAAACCACAGGGAGAGCCUAUGCACAAAGUAGGCUUCCCCAAUACAACAUCUCAAUCAAUCAUUGAAAUGGCCAGGUGGGGAAAGUCCUGCAAGGCAGGGAACAUGUAUGCUAGGACUCACAGCCAAGAUGGUUCCCAGUGCAAAGUGGGUGGGGCCAGGAGGGGACGCAAAGGUAGGGACAGAGCCAUUGGGAAAAUAGCAACUGAGUGGAGUGUUUCCGUCUUUCUCCAUUCUCGGCAUCUGCUUCACACUUACAAACCUAUCCCUGCAGAUUACCCAUUACUGCAAUUACAGUAACAGAAUUUACAGGCUGCGAUUGACCCAUUGGCUGUUGUUGAUGUUGUUUUUCUGCAGGAAUAAAAAUUAAAGGAUAUACACACACACAAGCAUUCCCAGCUUAGCUCUCAUACACAGCCAUCCCCAUAGGCUCACAGGCAUCGCCACUCUCACACAAAUCCCCAAAGAAGCAGAGAUACUCUUCAACCCACACAAAUGCGUUCAUACAGUAUAUAAAGAGGAGCUCGUCCACCUUCCCUGGCGGUUACAUGCUGCUGUGUUAAUGCCUCCAAGACAAGACAGGAAGAUUGGAGUACUUGCUAUUAAAAGAGAAUAAAGACAUGAGAACGUAAGAAAAGCCUGUUGGAUCAGGCCAAAGACCCACCUAGACCAACAACCUGUUUUCACAGUGGCCUGCCAGAUGUCCAUGUUGUUGUUGUUGUUUAGUCGUUUAGUCGUGCCCGACUCUUCGUGGCCCCAUGGACCAGAGCACGCCAGACGCUCCUGUCUUCCACUGCCUCCCGCAGUUUGGUCAAACUCAUGCUGGUAGCUUCGAGAACACUCUCCAACCAUCUCGUCCUCUGUCGUCCCCUUCUCCUUGUGCCCUCCAUCUUUCCCAACAUCAGGUUCUUUUCCAGGAAGUCUUCUCUUCUCAUGAGGUGGCCAAAGUAUUGGAGUCUCAGCUUCAGGAUCUGUCCUUCCAGUGAGCACUCAGGGCUGAUUUCCUUCAGAAUGGAUAGGUUUGAUCUUCUUGCAGUCCAUGGGACUCUCAAGAGUCUCCUCCAGCAUCAUAAUUCAAAAGCAUCAAUUCUUCGACAAUCAGCCUUCUUUAUGGUCCAGCUUUCACUUCCAUACAUCACUACUGGGAAAACCAUGGCUUUAACUAUACGGACCUUUGUUGGCAAGGUGAUGUCUCUGCUUUUUUAAGAUGUCCAUAGGAAGCCUAAAAGCAGGACCUGAGUGCCACAAGUGAUGCCAACACAGUGAGCACUAUCAGAAGAAUUGAGGAACAAUGAAAAUCCCGUGAGUUAUGGCCAUCUUUGGUUAUGAAAUGUAUUCAAGAGGACAGGGAAAGGCAGGUGGGUAUUCAUGCGGCUUCAGGAUUGAACCCUAGUGAGUAAAGCUGAACCAGUAAAUGUAAAGAGAGCUCUGCUGGAUCAGGCCAGAGGCCCACCUAGUCCAGCAACAUCCUGUUUUGAUAGUGGCCAACCAGAUGCCCAUGGGAAGCUUGCCAACAGGACCUGAGUGCAACAGCUGCCUCCUUAACUAGCAACUGGUAUUCAGAGGCCGAAAGCCAAGGAAUAUUCUCACUACAAUGGAAAGGAGAACAUGUAGUAAGGAGACCUCUCUUUAUAAUGAUCAGAGAUGGGACCAGACCCUGCUCAAAAUCUUUCGGGGGGGGGGGGGAGGGAAGUGUAGCCAAAAGCAAUUUGCUUUUGUUUUCCAUUGCCAUGCAAGUCCUAGACACAUUUCACAUAAGCAUCUUUUCCAAACCAGUAAGAAUGUUACAGUUUCACAGCCUGCUGUGCUGCCUGAAAUGGCCUUCUCAGCCUCUUAUCACAUACAAUGUUAUUCCCAUCCUUAUCAUCAACCCAGGUGCCAAAGACUCAGGCUCAGUGUCACUUUGCUUCAGCAGAAACUACAAGUGGCUUGCACAGAGCCAGACGUUUCCAUUGCUGUUGCCCAUUUUAGUGGCUGCUCUGCUGUUUGGCGAACCCAAGGGCUGUGUUUCCCAAACUUGGGUCUCUAGUUGUUUUGGGGCUACAAUUCCCAUCAUCCCUGACCACUGGGAGUUGUAAUAAAAAAACAGUUGGAGGCCCAAGUUUGGGAAACAGCUCUACAGGGUCGGCACAUGAGUAUUACAGUGGUACCUCGGGUUACAUACGCUUCAGGUUACAGACUCCGCUAACCCAGAAAUAGUGCUUCAGGUUAAUAACUUUGCUUCAGGAUGAGAACAGAAAUUGUGCUCCAGCGGCGCAGCAGCAGCGGGAGGCCCGAUUAACUAAAGUGGUGCUUCAGGUUAAGAACAGUUUCAGGUUAAGUACAAACCUCCGGAACGAAUUAAGUACUUAACCUGAAGUACCACUGUACUGACUUCAGGUCUUGGCUGUUGCCUUUCCGAGGCAGUUCGUUGAGAAACCAAGCAUGCUAAGACUGCAAUUCAACCCCCUUUUGAGCCAGCUAGGCUGGAGGCAUUGGACUGAAUAGGGCUGUCCUUCCACCCAGUCCACCCUGUGAAGAAAUGCCAGUGUCAACCCCCCCAGGCAUGGAGCUCCGCCUUCCACCUGACAAACAUGUCAUGCUGCCAACAGAAUCCUUGCCAGCCCCCAGAACACCUGAGUAUUCCACUUGGGCAGGGUGGACUGCAGUGUGAACUAGAUGAAUUUCGGGUCAGACAUUGGAGAGCUCUUCUUACAUUAUUCUUAAACUCCUGUUUGUUGUGAGAAUAAGGGAGAUACAUAUAUAAAUAUUCAACAGCAGGCAAUAGGAUACCCUCCAAGAUGCAUCCAUCAACCCAUUCCUGAGUGUUUGGAGAGACGAGUUGAGUUUGAGAGAUGAGUUGAGAGAUGAGUUUCUCUUUCACGCUUUGUAAGUUCUCUUCAAGAAACACUAGUUGAAGAGCAUAAGGGGAGCUCCAUUGGGUCAGACCAAAGGCCUAAUCUAGACCACUGCUCUCAUAGUGGUCAACUAGAUGGCUAAGGGAAGCCCACAAGUAGGACAUGAGCACAACAGUAUUCACCCACUCAGGACCCCCAGAAACUGGUAGAUAUUGUCUCAGUUACUGAACAUAGUACACAGUCGCCAUGAACAGCUACCAUUUUAAAUACCACAAGCACACCUGCUGCCAUCAAAGGUUUGAUUGUAGCUUUAUUUGGAGUGAGGUUCAGGGCCGUCUUAAGCAUAUCCAGCGCUGUGGUGCAAAGCUCCCUCCGGCGCCCCCCCCCAUGUUUCCCAGAGUUUUUUAGGGAGGACGGUGCUGCUGGUGGGGCUAGAGGAGGCAGGCAGCGGUUGGAGGGCGGCUCCUCCAGCAGGGAAGAGGUGGAGACUGGACGUGGCGCCUCCCGGCUCAGCUGGCCGCUUUGUGCUGCGGUGGCCACAGCAGAUGGAGGCUCCGGGCGCGGCGCUGCUUCGGCGCGGCAUGGCAGAGGCGGGUGAGGGAGGUGAGCUGAUGCCGGGAGGCACAACGUCCAGCUACCGCCUCUUCCCUGCGCCCUCCAGUGGCCGUCCCGCGCCACUAGCCUCUAUGGGUAAGACACUCCUGGUGAGGUUUCAUCUUUUGACUGCUGUCCAUAUUUCACAACAAUUUAUACGGUCCCAAUUUUGUCACGCGAAGAAGGAAAACAAUUCUACACAUGGAAUUUUUCAGAUGGAAACUCCAAACGAGGUAGAACCUAGAAUUCCUCUCAAGUACAUUAGCUAAGUGGCAAGUCUAAUCUUCAUCCUUUGAAAAGGCAAGAGUUCAGGGAGGAAGAUUACAUUUUAUAGGUCUCUUGUAAAAGGCACACAGUUUUGGUUCCAUUAUUAUUAUUACAUCUCUUCCCCACCACCACCCUUGUGCACCCCCUGCCGCCGCUUUUGCCCCCCGGCUUUCUUGCUCUGCUUCUGAAGAGAAAUGCUCACUUCCUAUUAAAAUGCUGCUUAAUAUUAUUCAAGCUUAAAUGGGUCGUAUUUAAGGAGAAUAAAGCUGCAGAGGAACUUGGUUCAGACCAAGGAACCAGCAACUGCCAGAGGUGCCUAGUCACACACCUUGCCUAAUGUGGCUUUUAUGUAUUAUGCAGGUACCAAGUAAGGGUGUGUGUGUGUGUGUGUGUGUGUGUGUGUGUGUGUGUGUGUUGAGGAAUUGCCCCAAUCCAGCAAGGGAGCUCCAUGCAUGCGUAAUGACUGAAGCAGCGUAAUGUAAUACUUGGUUGAAAUAACAGAGUAUUAGAGACCUGCAAUCUAAACCAGUCUCUAGAAUAAAUCUGGUCCUUACAACACAGUCACAAGCCAAGCCAAUGGAACUUUAGCUGACCUCAACGAACAUGGAAUAGCACCACCUAGUGGUUGGAGGUGUUGCUUAUGUAAUCAUUACAGUAUCUACUGUACAUUGUGAACUUUAUGAGUGUACCCACUGAUAUGGGUGGGGGUUUGGACCCUCAUCUGGGACCAACUGUCCCUUGCAUUACCUUUAACCAGAGCUUUAUUUGGACCAUUUAGAUCUUUCUGGCUUGGUAUCCUCAUACUGGCCACAAUUUCCCCCAGAGAGUAUAUUUUGCUGCACAAUCUGACCUCUUCAUGUCAGUCAUGCAUGAUAAUAAGUCCUAAUGUCACCUUUGACUAGACAUACUGACCGAAUGCAUGGACAGGGCAGAAGAUCAGGCAGCUGGCUUGCCUACAAUCUCCACAGAACCGGCUGAAGGCGAAAAGGGCUAUACACACGCACACUAGAGUUCCUAAUCAAAUGUGCAACCCCAGUAACAGGGUCAGUCCAAUAAUGCGCCACGGCACUCAGGCAGAGGAUUGCACCUCCAUUUUCUGUCCAUGGGCAUCAUGGCUGACCAGCGGUUGCUCACCAGCUCUUAACUGUGACAGUGGCUCCACCUGCCACUACCAUGGGCUGUGUCCCACCCAUCACCCAUCCAGCUGUGGACAUAUACAGUCGUACCUUGGAUUCUGACCACCUUGCGAGUCAAACAUUUUGACUCCCGAACACCGCAAACCUGGAAGUGAGUGUUCCGGUUUGCAAACUUUCUUUGGAACCCAAAUGUCCAACGCGGCUUCUGCAGCUUCUGAUUGGCUGCAGGAGCUGCUUCCUGCAGCCAAUCAGAAGCUGCACCUUAGUUUCCGAACGAAAUCGAAGGGACUUCUGGAACGGAUUCCAUUCAACUUCUGAGGUAUGACUGUAUCACAAAUCAGUUCUGAUCUCAAAUCUAUAAAAUAUCUCCCUAGCACAUGACCCCCUUAUAAGUAUUUAAAGAUAUAUUGUAGCAUAGAUGCAAAUCCCUAUGAAAAAAGACAAACAUUAUUUUGGUCAUUUAAAAAAAAGUGAUUUAUUGAUUUUUCACGAAAGCAUGUUCACAACAGAAAAGGAACAUUAUGGCAAUAACAACAACAUUUCCUCCCACCAAAGACUUACAAGUGUGAGACAGUUUUAAUAUACUCCACCACACAUUAUUAUAAUAAACGUCUUCAUUUUCUAAAGUGAUUUUGUACUUCUCGGUACUUAGACCUCUCUUUAUUUUAUCAGCUUUGUAACUUGGAAAGGGAGCGAAGUUUUUUUUAUUCUUCUUCUUAGGUUUUCAUGUAACAUUUGCCCGCUUUCACAUGGCUGCCGCGCCCCAACUUCUGCAUGACUAUCAUAUGGAAACUGUAAGGGCCAUGAGCAAUUUCCCUUUCCGGGGUUGUAUGAAACCACUGUCUCUAUAAUUUUCAGCAUCCUGAAAAGGGUAGACUACCACCUUAAAGAAAAUAAAUCAGAACAAUAUGAAAAGCUAAACUUUUAUUCAAAAUUUCCCUCCCAUUUUUUUCUGGUGACUAUUAAUGCAUCUUAUAACGAUGAUUCCCUUGAGAGGAAAAACAAACAAAGCUGCAGUCUCGCUACUGGAAGACGGGAGUUAAUUUGACACAGUUGCCAUGGCUAAAUAAAGCCGGACUACUGGAUGAUGUCAAAAGAAUCUACAAUGUGUUGCCGCAGCAGAUUCAAAAUGGGCUCCCAUAAGAAUAUUGUUUGCGCCCAUUAAAGGCCACUUUUCACACACAAACACACUUUAGUAAAUAGCACAGGCCUUGAGUUUCUAAGAGCUGAGCAUUUUCAAUGGUAACUAAGGGCUUGGGGCACUGUGUACUUUGCAGAAUGAGGCCUAAGCACACGGCUUCAAUUAAGGCAUGGAUAAUGUAUCUCCUGAUGCAUUUUGUUAACAAGUGCAGAUUAACUUCAAUUAUUCAUGGUAAUGCUUCACACAGAACUAGUUAAUGUGGUUUAGGAUAUUCUGCAACGGUGAUAAAAGUCUUACAUCUAAAAAAACAACGAGUAGAUAAAUCAUGAAUGCUGCCUCCCAUUUGGGUGGGGUGGCCCCAGCUGACCCUAUUUACUAAAGACGGUCUCUGCUUCUGAUCGGUGUUUUGGGCCGCUCACUCCUUAGGAGGGGGGCAAGGGACGAUCCAUCUUGUCUGCAAUGUACAUAUGUGAGAAUGCCUGCGCAUGAACAGUGAAGCACCACCAGACAAUGCGCAGCCUGUUAUUUCACAGGCUGCAGCUGCAGAGGUGUUAAGCAGGAAGCCCUCUGUCCUCCUUUACGUAGAAAUGCCCUGUAUUUGUUGGACUCUCCAAGGACAGGCCUCCAUUUUAAGGCAGGCUGUCUGGUCCAAGUCCAAUUUCUGAAAGAAGACCAGGGACCCUGAAGUGACCCACCAACAGUACUCACAAAACAGGGUGAGCAGGUACACAGGUUGGCUCACUAUGGUGAGUUGUUUUGCCCUUCUAUUUAAAUUACAGCACUUCUUUCUGAGUGUGCAUCUUUCUUCUUCUUCUUCUUCUUCUUCUUCUUCUUCUUCUUCUUCUUCGCCAAUAGCUCGUAGCCGAGUAAGAUUGUCUUCCAUAAACACGGUUUGAACAAUGAGUCCGUAAGUGACUGUGGAGGCCAAUUCUGGAUCCUCACAUCCUUCCACAGAAUCCAUCCUAAAUAUCUUCACAGAAGCUUACGAAAAGCUUGGCCUAUCACUCAACAUCCAAAAAACCGAAGUGCUGUACCGACAAGUACAAAAUAACCCCUCUGCAGUGCCACAAAUCCAACUCAGUGGUGAAACGUUGAAAAAUGUUGAGCACUUCUCAUGCCUUUCCACAAGGGCUGACACUGAUGCUGAAAUCCAGCGUCGCCUGUGCAUAUAUCCGUAACUCAGCAUAUGUAAAUUUUAUGCAAUUUUAUGGCUUCUUCCUUUAUUUAGCAUUGCCACCCUAUGGCUAAUAUAUUGCAGGACGAUUGUCUUUUUUUAGUAUAUCUUUAACUACAUCUUUUCUAAAUGUUUUUGAUUCCUUCUUUUUAUUACCGGAAAUUGGGGAGGGGGCAUUUGGAAGGUGUGGGGAGUGUAUUUGGACAAGCGACAGCAGCAGAGCUUUUCCUUUUCUUUUUGAAAACAUAGUCUGACUGCUGUCACAAGCAAUCUUAUGGCCCUUCUUAAUAGCCCAGCCAAUCCAAUGUUUUCACGUAGUGCCUCGUACAAUUCUAUGAUUCCAACCAUAGAUCCAUCUAGUGUGGGAAAUGUUUUGGCUUUCAUAUUAGCUUGUGGGGUUUUUUUUGUGUGUGGUUGUGCGGAACCUACAGCCAACAAUCCGCACAGUCUUCUCAUAGUCAAAAUGAGGUGCAACACCCCACCCUCCCCAAUUCCUUUAUCCCACCAUCAGUGAAUGAAAAAGAUUGUAAUCAUGAUCAAUGUAGGGCAGGGGGGGGCGGAAAUCAUAGCAAUUCCACAAUUAUGUCCCUUCUUGUUCCUGCAUGGUAAUCUCGUUGCGUAAAGCGAGAGCUUUCGUGAAAUCCCCAAGCCUUGACUAACACUUGAUAUUGUCAAACAAGCAUAUUUUGUUCCUCCUUAGUGCACUUUAGGACGGCCGUGUAUUUUUUGUUGAAUCAUGCAACCAGUUUGCACAGAUUUUUGAUGAAUGAGUGAGUAGCACAUCCGUAGGCGCUGACAUCUCACUCAAAACUGUCAUGAGCUAUAAACAUACAGAAAAGAUACUUUAACCUCACUGGACAGUUGCGCAUAAACACAGCGAUGUUCUGGUGCUGUGCCAAAUCUAUAACUGUAACUUGUUCGGGGAACGUGAAACGAAGUUUUAGCAUUUAUCUGGAACCAAUUCUAGUGUUCUCAGAUCUAUAUUAUAAAAAAACUCAAUCACCAACCCUUUCCCUUAAAGAAAACAAAGAAUAACAUUCACUCCAGCUUUGCCUUUUCCAUUUUUCAAGCUUGGAUAUCACCGAGCAUGUUUAAUCGUAUCAGUCCUGUACAGCAACAAUCUGAAAAGGUCAAAACAAAAUGGGAGGAGCCAACACUAUCCUUGGUCCAAAUCGCUCAUCGUAAGUCCUGUUGCACCAAAGACAGAUCUGGCCUGAAAGCUUUCCAUUAAGGUAAGUGGAAAAAGAAGUGUACUUGUUGUCUUAACUUUACUUUUCAAUUGAUCGGUUCUGCUCUGCGUGCUUGACUGCAAUCGAUGGGAAUUUAUCUAUUAGCACAAGUUAGAGCAGGAAAGAGCUAAACAACAUAACCAGAAAGUUCAGAUAUUACGUAUCUUCUGAAGUAAGAAAAAUAAAAGCUUAUAUUCAUAUCUGUUUCAAGUAGCUAUCAAAUAUAGCCAAUGUGGUGACCUACAUAUACGUUGCUGGAUUACAACUCCCAUAAUCUCUGACAACUGGCUAUCUGGCUAGAGCUGAUGGGAGUUGUAGUCUAACAGCAUCUAGAGAGCUGGCUAUCCCCAUUUUGAAGGACUUGGAAUAAGAGGCAGCAAGACUCAGGCUCCCUCCUCCUCUUCUCAUAGUUGAAAAGGUCCACUUCUAGAUGGUAUGGGAAGAAAGGCAGUUUUGUACAAAUUACCAACCCUAGAUUAAGACUCAGCAAUUUGAUCUUCCUGCCAUCAAAGUGUUUGAUUUCACAACUCAUUAAGCAAUGUCUGUUCACCAAAGGAAGAAAAGUAUGCUCUGAAAAUGGAAACAGUUCUCCCUUGCAACUUUCCCCAACAGUACAUUGGGCAAAAUAUUGCAGAUUCAUUUACUGCUCACUAAAACUUCAGGCCCAGAACAUCAGAGCCACACUCAGGGCUUUAUGUGUCUCAUUAGCAAGGCUUUUGUGGCAGCAUCUUAGAACACUUUUGCAAGAGGUGUUUGAACGGCUCCCGGACACUAACACACAGAACAGGCGUACAAUAUAGUCCUCAGCUGGUAAAAAGAACAAGAACAAAGGUUUGCAGGUUGCUCCACGUUGUCUGAAUGGGCAUUCAAAUGCAAUUCAAUGUAAGGAAGUUUAAAGGGAUAUGCAUUGGAUCAAAAAAGUCCUGACUUCACAUAUGUACUUACUGGUGGUGACUAACCAAGGGAAAAACCUUGGGGUUGUGGUGGAUAGUUUGUUGAAGAUGUGCAGCUGUGAAAAGGGCGAAUUGCAUAUUAGGUAACUAUUAGAAAAGGAACUGAAAACAAAAUGGCAACUGCUCAUGAUUUGGAGCUUAGAAUCUCCAUUCAGUCAGGACUCCCACAUGGAUAUUUGAGGCACAGGAGCUCCACACAGGUUCUUUUCCUAUGUUUAUACAACAGCAAAGGCAAGGGUCGCAGGAGCCGAGUUUCCCCCAAGAUUGGGGGCGGGGGCGGGCAAUGGCAUGUGUGGCACACAUGUCACACGUGUGCUACAUGCCACAAAUCUUCCAACGCGGUGCAGGCCAAACCAGUGUGGUCUAGCGGAAGGCUGCGCCAGCCUGCGCAAUGUUGGGAGAUGCCGCUUAGGCCGGUUCAACCUUGCACCACAGCCUAGCUGCGCCACACUAAGCUAAGUGGUUCGACCUCCUCCACUCCCUCAAUAUUUGGGGGGCUGAGUCUCCUGCUAAGGAAUAUUGAGGGGGCUGAUGACACCUCUGUCUGCUACAGUUGGUGUGCCUGCAAGGGUACAAUCUCAGGGGCAUGGCCAGGAGUGCAGCCAAGUUCCUGCCAUGGGACAUUAAUGCCAUACACACAAGUAAUGCAUGGACAGGGCUAUUUUCAUUCUAGCCCCAAACUGGGAUAGAUGGUGUAAAGGUCUGAUUCAGUGUUAGCCAGUUUAUCGAUUUAUAUAGCCGGUUCAACGUUGGCUCUGGAAUGGGCCCAGAAGCUCAGAAACGGAAGGAAACAGCACCAUACCAUGUUGCUGCUGUUGGCUGAUGUGGAAAAUAAACAAGUCAGUCUAAUCUCAGACAUGGAUUCCGAUUCCCAGUCCUGCUGGGAAUUGGGUAGGUCAGGGUUUGAACAUGGGAAGGACCGCAGCUCAGCAGCAUGCAGAAAGCCCAAGGUUCAAUCCCUGGCAGCAUGCUUGGGAAAGAUUCCCUGCCUGAAACCUGGAGAGCUGCUGCCAAACAGAGCAGACCAUGCUGAGCUAGAUGGACCAAGGAACUGGCUCAAUGUAAGGCAGCUUCCUGAGCAUCCAAAGCAGGGCUCUGCCACUAAGCUACAGCUCAGCCCUGGUAGUCUUAUUGUUCUGUCCUUGGCUAAUGGAAUUCAAGUCACGUUUGCGGGCCUCCUUCUGGGAGAGAAGAUGAGUCAGGCUAAUCUCCUUCCCUCUCACUUUACAAGGGCCCUCAGCUGGGUGGCCCUAACAUCGUCCGUUAGCGAAAUUUACUUUUGGAUUUUCAAAAGUCCUUCACGACCACAAGGCUAUCUGGGAGGCAGGGAGCAAGCCUAAUGGAUCAAGCUAAUCUCGAGGAAGGUCUAUUAAACUCGAAUUUGUCAGGUUUCAUUACUUUCAAUACUUAUCCUCAAUGACAGUAAUUUCCAAGAUCAUUUUAUUAUUUGCCAUAUAAUGAGGCCGCGCUGCCUUCAGCCCUGUUUCCCCAACAACAAAGAUUGCGUUUUGCUGAAGUUGUAAGUUGGCCUGGAAUCCAAACAGCUGUCCCUCCGGCCCCCCAACCCCUGCCCACUUCCAAGCUGGAUAUCUACCAUGAAGUGAUGGCAAUGGGCAAACAUGAUGCUGGGGUCUCACUUAGCCAGGUUUCUGUCAUCCUCUUUGCCCCACUUGCUCCAGUGCCAUGACUGGGGAGGGUGGGGCAUGUAUCUAGGGCUGCAUUGGAGGGUUCCUGGGUUUCAGAGUGAUUCUGUGCCCCUAAAGAACCAGGUGCAUAGCCUUGGGGUCAUUUUGGACUCACGGCUGUCCAUGGAGACACAGGUUAAUUCUAAAUUCAAGGCAGCUGUCUACCAGCUCCAUCAGUCCCUACCUGCCUGUGCUCUAUCUCACCAGAGUGGUACAAGCUCUGGUUAUCUCCCACUUGGACUACUGCAAUGCGCUCUAUGUGGGGCUACCUUUGAAGAUGACUCGGAAACUACAACUGGGGGCAGCUGCCAGGACCAUAUAACACCGGCCUUAUAUAACCAUAAAUGGCCUUGGCCCUGUAUACCUGAAGGAGCAUUUCUACCCGUAUCAUUCAGCCCGGACACUGAGGUCCAGCUGGUGAGACUGGUGGUCCAACAACAUCUGCAGGGCCACAAACACUUUGAUUUUACCAUGAUAACCGCCAAGUGAGAGCAAGUUGUUUCUCAGGAACUGAUAUUUGCACAGCCAUUUCUUAGCUGAUCCACAGCAUAAAGGUAAAACACUGAUUAGGGGUUGGGCAAUAAACUUUAAGUCAUCCUUUCCUACAGGUCCAUGACAGAAUUUUUAUAG